GGUUUACAAGUCCAUGCUUAAAUGCGUCAACAACAGCAUUCCAUCCUCAUGAUCAAGACCGCGUACUUGGCGGGGUAUAACGUUGUCAGCGCCGUUGGAUGGGCAUACAUCCUGUGGCAUCUGUGCAGCCUUCUCUACGACGAUGCGGAUGUCGUGCUGUCCUCUGCGAAACUAUGGUCGCGGAUUGCCAUACCGUUGGAGUACCUGCAAACGAUGGCAUUGUUGGAAGUGGUUCAUGCACUGGUUGGCGUUGUCCGAUCUCCCGUGGGGUCGGCGUUGAUGCAAGUGAGCUCGCGUCUGUUUGUCUUGUGGGUCGUCCUUGUGCUGUGCCCAAGUUCUCGGUAUCACUGGGGCUUUCUCUUGACGAUUGGAUCGUGGUCCAUGGUGGAAGUACCUCGAUAUGCCUUUUAUGCGCUGAGUGUCAUUGGCUGGGCAAGUUCUUUGCAUAUGUCGUAUAUGAUGAUGUUCUCAUGCUGCGUUGCUGGUAUAGGUGCCGGACUGGCUGUUCUUCUUGCGCUAUCAUUUGUACUUGAUCUUGUACAUCACAGGGCUCGUGGGUGAAUUGACGUGCAUGGUAAACGCACUACCUUUCUUGUCCACAGGAAUCUAUUCCAUCGAACUGCCCAACAAGCACAACAUCGCCAUCUCGCUGCAUGCAGUUGUGUGCGGCAUGCUCGUUCUCUAUGUCGUGUGUUGUCCUAUUAUGUACAAGCACAUGACGACGCAGCGCAUCAACGCGUAUGCUAAAAAGCACGGCGACAACAACGUUAAAGCCAAUUGACAUGCUCUUAACUUGUAAUAUACUGUAUCUAGCGCUGCU